UAAAAUAAAUCUUUGAGUUUGACCCUCUCCCACAACCCCAGAAACACACCCCAGACGGAAUGUAACCAUGGACAUGAACAUUACGGACGCAGCCCUAUCACGAGCUCCCCACAGUUACCAGUACGAGGUAGCAGAUGAGCUGACUCCUGGAGAGGGGGGAGACCAGCUUUACAGUUGCCAUGGUCACGUUAUCUCCAGCAGAGGCAAAUCUGCUCUUGUUAUCUUGAUUCCUCUGUUCCUAGGAGCGGUUGCUUCUAAUUCAUGUGUAGUGUAUGUCUUGCGGAGGUUUGGAGCUGUUAUUGGCAAGGUUACUUGUCAUUUCAUCACCCUCUUUAUGGUCACUGAUCUUAUGAAAGUGUUUCUGGUGAUCCUGCCGUCCAUAAUCAGGAUAUGCAACCUCGAGGUACGACACAAAAUCCUUACAGUUACUUUUAACGGAAGGGUUUUAUCAGGUUCCAUGUGUCAUGCGGGUUACUGGAUAAACUUAUUCCUACUCCAAUCCUCCUUUAUGACCCUGGGACUCUCUGCCUACGACAGAGUCAUGGUUCUGAGGAAAAGUGAGAGUUAUGGGCCGAACAAGAGCAGGUUGAAGAACACUCUACUCUUCAGCGUCCUUAUCCCUCUUUCUUACGCCGUUUUUGACGUAGCCUACACGAAGAUAUACGAAGCUAAGAACUCUGACAUAGCCCACGUUUCUGAACAGAGCUCUAUUUGUUACGAUCAAAAGCUGGGCUGGUGCAUGACCAAAGCUGCGCCUCACGAGCAUGAGAAACAAAGUGACAAAGAUUUGUCAGGUUCGAAACGAUCAGGAGUAUUUAUCUGUCAAGCUCAAGUUAUUACAGUCCUAAUUCUAAUCGGACAGCUUACACUGCAGAGCGGGCAUUCCAACUACAAGAAACUGUUUAAUGACGAGUCCAGAGAAGGGAAAUACUUCACCCUCAUGUUCGGGUUAACCACGUGGUUGUACCUGCCGUCCAUGCUGGUUACCCUGAUGGAUACAUUUACAUCUACAGUCUUCCCCAACGCGUACUACGAAGAGUUCUACAUAUACAUUUACAUGUUGCAGCUGAUGCCGAGUAUGUGCAACGCUUACCCCCUCCUACUAUCCUACAAAGAGUACAUAUUUCCCACUCUAGUCGCCAGUCCUGCCCACUACACCCCGGUAAAACCCGACACCUCCGCCACCGCCGACUCUACCACGGAGGAUCGCCGAGAACAGAUCUACAGACGACUCUCCCGUCUCCAACUGCCCACGAGAGACCUGCUCAGCUGUCACAGUAGCUCCGCCAGUAAGACUCUUACUGGCGGAACUCUUACUAAGAGUCCUGAUCUCACAACUGCACGACACGACCCUGGGUCUCCGGUGAGAGGGGCCAGUAAGGCUGGGGGUAGAGAUAAGGACUACUUCGAUACCAUGGUUCUGAGAGGGUUGGGCGGGGAAAGGGAUGUUAUUGCUAACCUCCAAGCUAUCGAGCGGACUGACGUAUAGCUCUUGGUCAGGUGUAAUUGCUUGGUUUCUGAUAUGAAGAUGGUCGGUCAAAAAAUAGUGUAAAUUAUGGCCGUUGUGCGGUGUAAUUAGAAGCGUUAUGCAUGGCGGGAUAAUCAGUCAUGUUGUAGUGUAUUUUAUGGUGCAUGGAUGAGAUUUCCCGAAGGGUUGACCCAGAACUAAAGCUACCCAGAUUUACUAUUAUCUGAUUUCAGAGUAUUUUCUCGUGUUUCAUUAUUGCUUAUUUAACAUUAUUUUGUGAUCCUGUAUUUGUUCGAUUUG